AAGAAGAAAUAGUGGCUGAUGGCUCCUUCUCCUGACUUUGUCCACUUGUGGAGAGAAAGGGAUUCCAGGUGCUGUUCUUACUCCCUCUGAUGGGAGAAGGAAAUAGUAUGGGCCUCUGCUAAUUUGCCAUAGGGAGUGAAAAUAAAGGGAGGAGAGAGAAGAAAAAAGAAGCGGAGAGAAACUGGAGGAAAGUGAUAGAAGGAAGAAUAACAGCAGGUGUGAAGCAGUUACACAUAAACAUCGUGCUUUCUGACUGUUGCCGGAAUGAUUUCUACACUCCUGACGCAGACGCUGCUGUGCAGCGUCUGGUGUCCUGUGGUAUCUACAACGAUCUUCAGUCUAGCUCCCAACCAGUUAGUCACAAUGGAUGCCCUCAAUGGUGCUGCUGAAACUGAAGAUCCGAAACAAGCUUCUACUGUUCCCCGUGAUCCAGACCUGGGGAUAACUGAAACUGAUCCAGUCACAGAUGGUAGAACUCAAGAAAACAGGAAUGCAGCAGAAAAACACUGCUUCUGUGACAGCCCUGGACAAAAGGGAGAACAGGGUGAAAAAGGGUAUCCAGGUAACCCAGGGAAGAAAGGAGUACAAGGGCCCUUGGGAAAAACUGGACAACAAAGACUAAAAGGAGAAAAGAGUAAUCAAGGACCCAAAGGUCAUCUAGGUAAACCAGAGCUGCCUGGUCAGAAAGGAGAACAAGCUACAAAAAUGUGGCAUUUACCUUGGCACAGCGCCACCUUCAUUAUACUUAUUGCUGCAGUUGUACGCACAGAGGCGAAAGCUACCCUGCCUGUAAAGUUUACUAAGAUAAAGUCUCCAGAGAUGGAGGUCACUGAUGGCUUUGACACAUCCAUUGUGCCACCCACUGAAGAAAGUCCUGUCACAGACAUAUCGGAAACAAGUGAAAUGCCAGUGGAGUUAUCCACGCUGAACUCGGCCUUCAGAACGGCCACCACUCUCUUUCCUUUUGAAAACUUUACUCUUGACACUGCUGAUUUCUUUUUUAAUUGCUGUGAUUGCUGCACCCCUGUGUCAGGUCAGAAAGGGGAACCAGGAGAGCAUGGACUACCAGGUUCUAAAGGAGAGCCAGGAGAUACUGGCCCUCCGGGCCUACCAGGAAUUCCUGGACUUCAAGGUCCAAAGGGCUCCAAAGGAGACAAAGGAGAUAAAGGAGAACAUGGUGACCAAGGAACAAAUGGAAUUCCAGGGUAUCCAGGCAAACCUGGAGAACAAGGUGAAGCUGGAGUUAAAGGAGACAAAGGAAACUCUGGCCUUCCUGGAAUGAAAGGGCAGAAGGGAUUGAAGGGGGACACUUGUGAGAAUGGGACCAAAGGAGAAAAGGGAGAUAAGGGAGAUCUGGGUUUACAGGGGCAAGAUGGAGAAAAUGGAGACAAAGGGGAAAAGGGAGACCUGGGGGAAAAGGGGCUUUGUGGGGAUCCAGGGGAGAGAGGUGAGAGGGGGGAAAAGGGAGAAGCUGGAAUAAAAGGGGAAAAAGGCAGCAAAGGAGAUGCUGGAGUUGAGGGUAUUCCUGGGAUGAAUGGACAAGAGGGAGAAAAGGGUGAGCCAGGCAGUAAGGGUGAAAAGGGGGACUUGGGACCACCUGGUGUGAUGGGACCUGUUGGGCCAAAGGGAAAUCCUGGUAGUAAAGGGGCACGAGGAACUAGUGGAAAAAAAGGCUCCAGAGGUAUCAAAGGCUCUAAGGGUGAUAGCUCAAAAGCCCGAAGAUCAGCUUUCAGUGCUGGCUUGUCAAAGUCUUUCCCUCCACCUAAUGUCCCUAUUAAAUUUGAUAAGAUUUUGUACAAUGACCAGGAAGAUUAUAAUCCUUCGACAGGCAAGUUCAACUGCAGCAUUCCUGGAGCGUAUGUCUUUGCUUAUCACAUGACGGUCAGAGGGAGGCCUGCUCGCAUCAGUAUUGUGGCACAAAACAAGAAGAUUGUCAAAACCCGUGAAACACUGUAUGGUCAAGAAAUAGAUCAGGCAUCUUUCCUGAUUAUUUUGAAAUUAAAUGUAGGGGAUCAGGUUUGGUUGGAGGUUGCACGGGAUUGGAAUGGGGUCUAUGUCAGUGCUGAAGAUGACAGCAUAUUUACAGGAUUUCUUUUGUAUCCAGAUGAUAUUUUUGAGACCUUAACAUAAAUAUAUGAUGAUAAAUACAUUAUUAAGAAGUGAAACAUUUCUUUCAUUCACAUUAUCAGUAGGAAGAAGAGGGAGAAGGGCGAAGGAGAAAGAAAUGGUCACUUUAGUGAAAUAGACGUCAUAAUCUGUCUAUACAAAUAUUUAUAUUUCUAAGAAACUGAUUAAUUUCAACUAAAAAGCCCCCAAAGUGCAACCAUCCUCUAUAGUGAUACCUAAUUUUUUGAUUAUAUAAAUAAAUAUACAAAUGCAUUCAGGAAAAUAUAGAUCCCAAAGAGAUUUCAUUUACUCUUCAGACCCAUAUCAAAUCAUUAAAAUCACAGAGAAAGUCAAUAUAUUAGUUUAAUUCAGAUUAGGCCAAAUCUUGUGGUAAUUAUGAAUCAAAAUAUCCAUGGGAGUCAGUAUUGAAGUUAAUUGGAAUUUCAAGUUUUAGAUAAAGAUUGUAGGAUUUGACUCAGAGAUUAAUUAAAUACAACUUCAAGUAGUAGGUUUCUUCAAAUCAUGUUCAUAGAUUUAAAUAAAGGUUUGUUGUCAAACGACUAUUAUGUGAUGCUUUAUACCUGGUAAUGCAUGGAAUAAAAGGUUGACCUAGAGAUUAUAGUAUAAUCACUCAAUCAGUGUGAAUUACUCUGUUCAUCAAAUUAUUGUUGUAUAUAGGAGAACUGAGUAUCUUUGGAAGAGCAAAGAAUAAAAUAAAAUG